AAGCACUCGAGCACGCGUCGCUCUGCCGCACGUCUACAUCCCACAGGGCCGGCCGCGCCAUGACCCGACCGUUAGCUUGUCUGCUCGCGCUCGCCGUGGCCCCCAGGAGCGUGGCCGAGGGCUCGCUGGUGGCUUGGUUGGCCUCGCACGCCGAGGACCCGUCGUGCGAGGGGGACGCGCAGUGGUGGGAGGUGAAGCGGCAGCUGUUCCGGGCCCUGUGGCAGCUGACCGACGAGGGGACGCUUGACCUGGGCAGGAGCAUCGCCCUUGUCACUCGUGGGGUCGCGCCGGAGGACCUCGCGCGCUGCGAGGUGGGGGCCGCCGCCACGCAGCUCUUCCUGCAGAUCGGCGCCGCGGCGGGCGACCCCGCGCUGCUGCGGGCGGCCGACCCCGAGGGGCCCUGGCCCGACGCGCGCGAGGAUGGGCUGCAUCCCCACUUGGAGUGAAGAAGAUGUGCAGCUAAGGACAUGGGCGCCAUUCCGUGUUUUUGUUUUUGUUUUUUGUUUUUGUUUGUUUUUGAGACAGUGGUCCAAG